AUGCUGGAACGGUGGUGUCAACCAGCACAAGCUGGAGAUCCAAAAGAAACGUUGUAUAUUCGUUUAGCAGGCAUCGAUGCACCCGAGAUUGGAAUGGUGUGGGUCAAUCCUGCAUGGUGGCCUGUCCUACCAACACGUAACGUUUCAAUUGAAAUGCUAAGAAGAGGUUUAGCUGUCAUGUAUCGAGCGACUGGUGCACAGUAUGGUGGCAACCCAACACAGUUUAAUCGGGUUGAACAAACUGCCAAGUAA